CUUAACUUUUUACUCAACAACUUAGCAGCAUACAAGAUUAAAACAUGAUAAACAACUUUUGCUCAAAUAUUUACCCUGUGUGCUAAUGCUGGUUUGUUUUUGUUGAUUAACUCAUUGAUUGGUGAAAUAGAGUCCUGAACACAGCUGAACUCAGCCAGAAUAUACUGACUACAUAACAGUACGUUUCAAGCUAUGAGUGCAUAUAUGAGCAGCAGUCCACUCACGACUCAUGUAUUAAACACUGGAGAUGGACUCCCUGCAGUCAAAAUGCCUCUCAGUCUACACCGCCUGGAUCCCUGCAUGACCCUCUGGAACCUUCUGACUGUUGGCACCACAAAUGAAGAUGGACGCUGUCCAGGACUAAUAACCAGCAAUGACUUCACUCCAGGAACAUAUAAGAUGCGUUUUGAAACGGGACAGUACUGGGAGAGUUUGGGUCAAUGCAGUUUUUACCCAUAUGUUGAGAUUGUCUUCACUAUUACUGAUUCUGAGAAGAAGUUUCAUCUGCCACUCCUUCUCAGCAGAUACUCAUACAGCACAUACAGAGGGAGCUAGAGAGCUGAUAUAAAGUGAAAAUUCAUCAACCAAUAUUUAAAUAGUUUUAUGUAUGAAAAACCCAAUUUGGGUCCAGAAAUGACCACAAACUGUUUGCUGCCCCUUUUUAAAGCUCCUGGUUGUUGUUGUUUUGCUCAUUAGCAUAUGUGGAUUAUAGAAAAUGUUCUUGCAUCUUAAAAAACUCAAAACAUCAUUACUAUGAUUCUUCUUGUGUAGCCUAAACGUCAUUGUUGUCAACAAAUUAACUUUAAUAUUGUUAUUACAAGAUAUCAAAAAAAGGCUUACCUCAUAAACAGUGUAAGAAGACGUUCCUAAGUCUACUGUUACCAAACCCAGCGGAGGGGGAAAAACUUGCUAAACUGUCUUUUCUAAAGAUUUUAUGUGGCUCCCAAAUCCUCAAAGGUCAUCACAAGCAUAUGUUUUUCAGUCAGAUUUUGCCUUAUAGGUGGAUGACAUCACAGUACCGCGAGAGCUUCGACAGCAGACUCGUCCGUAAGAUUUCUCGAAUCGCUCUCGCGGCGUUUGAUGUCAUCCAUCUGUCGGUUCUUGCGGAGCCACAUGAAGUCAAACAAGCUUUGUGGAAGCUUAAUGAUUGUAACCUUAGAAUUAAAAGUAUAAUGUACACAUUUCAUAAUUCCUAGAUACUGUUAAAAACUCUGUGUACACGUUGUCAGAAUGGAUGUUUAAUAAACUGUGGUCGCUCUGCUAAAAUCA